GACGGAUGCGAUGCGUCGGAAACCUCCCACGAGGGGCCCCAUGUAAUUAGAUGCAUGCUGUUCAAGCUAGAGUAUAUUGUCUUCCCAGUUGCCUAUGAAGCCUCCACCCACUGGCCCACCCUACAUUUAGCAGAUCAUGUGAUGGGGGCGGGCAAGCUAAGUCAUUUGCAAGUACAACAGUUCUCUGUGCAGCUCCCCAUUCAUUUCCUGAGAACUGCAAGAGCUCAGCAGCUGAGAGACAGAAGGGGAGGGAGCUGCACACGCAGGAGUGAGAGAGAGAGGAGCAAAAGAGAGAGGACUGGAGAAGGAAAAAACGUUUUCUACGGCUCUGCGGCUUCUGACAAGACUGCCCGAGAACAGGAUGUUAAUGCUUGAUGGAAUGCCUGCAGUCCGAGUCAAAGCCGAGCCCCUGGAAUCGGAACACGGGUCCCCCAAAGUACACAGCUACCCCACGAUGGACACCGUCCCCCUCCUGCUGAGCAAAGUCAAACCUGAACCUCCUGAGGACCUGCUCUCCCAUGACCCCCACUUCCAGACACAGACCGAGCCUGUCGACCUGUCAAUCAACAAGCCCCGCCCCUCACCCCCGUCCUUCACCUCCACGGCUUCUCCUGUCACUUCCGCUUUCUCGCCACCCUCCAUUUCUUCUUCAUCAUUGUCAUUCUCCUCUCUGUCUGUCAUCACCUCCGCCUCGUCCGUGCUCACGCCCGGGCCCCUGGUAGCCCCUGGAGCUGCUGUCCGGGGUCAUCAUCAUCAUCAUCAACAGCAGUUUUUGCACAUCAUGCACCCCGUGCCGCCACCGCCCUCAAGCCCCCUGAACCUUGGAGGGGUACAGGGCGGAGGAGGAGUAGGGGGUAAAAUGGGGGGCCACCAAGUGCAUCGUAUCCCUGUGGUGGUGCAGUCGCUACCCCUCAUGCACACCACGUCCGUGCGCUCACCCUCCAGCCUCCACAACAAUGCCAUCAUGCUACCUCUGCUGGACGACCACAAGAGCCACCAUGGCAAAGCCCGCACUGACCACAACGGCUUGUUGCCACGGCAUAUCAAGAGUGACAGUGAAGAUGACGACCUGCCCAAUGUCACACUGGACAGCGUUAACGAGACCGGAUCUACUGCUCUGUCUAUAGCACGGGCCGUACAGAAUUCCAUGUCACCAUUCAGUAUUGAGAGCAUACGCCGCCCACGGAGGUCAGAGUCGCCCGACUCCAAGAAGAGACGCAUCCAUAGGUGUGACUUUGAGGGCUGCAAUAAGGUCUACACCAAGAGCUCCCAUCUAAAAGCACACCGGAGGACGCACACAGGUGAGAAGCCAUACAAAUGCACCUGGGAUGGCUGCACGUGGAAGUUUGCCCGCUCUGACGAGCUGACACGCCACUACCGGAAACACACAGGUGUCAAGCCCUUCAAGUGUGCGGACUGUGACCGCAGCUUCUCGCGCUCAGACCACCUGGCCCUGCACCGACGGAGACACAUGCUGGUGUGAGACAGUUACAGGGUGAUGAUGUCAUCAGAAGGAGCAUACACACACACACUUACACACACACAGUGCCGCCGGGGGAGCAGGGUCUCUCCCUCAAUGUGGUUCAGCUGGACUGGACGCACACCGCUGUCUGUCCGUGAGGCGGUGGGAAGAGCAGAGUAAAAUGCAAAGAAAGUCAUCUGUCUGUCCACAGAGAAGAAAAAAACAGGGUUGGUUCUGGAUCCUCAGUGACUGAGGAGGGUCGGAACUGGAAAAGGCUCUUUUAUUAUCAUUUUGGAGUUUUGACGUUAACCUGUCUUUUUUUCUCAGCACUGUUCUUAAACGGUUUCAUUUUGGAGUUUUUCUCGGAAGGAGUAUUGCUCUUCUUCGUUCAUUUGGACAGGAACCGUAAUCGCAACCGUUCUUCUUGGUGUCUUUGUUUUGGUUAUAUUGUUCAAAAUGGCUGCUUUUCUCGCAUCUAUAAUGUGAAAGAACUGAGGAUUGGAUGGCUUGAUGGAAGGGCUGUGUGCAUGUGUGUCUUUGAAGUAGAGGGCAGACCUUGGCCUUGCAUUGGAAAAUGGAAUAAACAGACACAGAUUCUGGUUCGUCCAUGGCGAGUAUUGUUUCCCAGUUCACUCCCUAUAGCAGCUCCCUGCCUCUCUGUGCUUCAGGACAACCGGCAGCAGAGGGCGCCAUCCACUCAUUGAUUGUACCCGUAAUAACUGGUGUGAGUGUUCUCGAAUCAGCAUUCUAGAAUGAGUUGUAGUACCAGUGUUCUAGAUUCAGAAGUAUCAGAGGCAUCCCAGUGGGCCAGUGAUAUAGAAGCUGUUAAGGGGCGGCGUUAACCCCAAAACCCAAUGUCAGCAAACCAGCAACUGAGAUUAAAGAGUACAGUAUGUACACAAACAGAGAGCAUCAGCAACCUUACUUCUCAUUCACAUCCACGCAUAUUACAAUACAUACAGGUUUAGUAUACAUGUUUUUUUUUUUUAUCCAAUGGUUUUUGUUAGCACAUGACUCAACCGCAUUGCACCUAGAGCUUCUUUGAAACAUUUGAUUUAAAAAAACUUUAUUGGUGCAUUUUGUGCUGUGAUUAGCAAUCUCAUUGGGUAAAUCUAGUUUCAAUAUCGAGACUUUUUUAGUUUUUUGUUUAAUAUAUCUUGCUGUGUAUGCCUGCUUUUGAUCAAUUUCACAAAUAAAGAUCAAUCCACACCUCAAUGUGCAAUGAACUUUAAAACAAAUCAAAUUAACAUAUCUGGCAUUUGAAGCACCUUACAGAUUGACACCUUACAUGACGAUUCCAUAAUGUUCAAGGAUUUUGUUUUGUAGCCCUGCUCUUUACAGUGAGAGGGAUUGGCGUUGUGAUCAUUUGUGUGUUAGUAGUCUAGAGCUAACACAUCUUGGGUUUAGUUAAUAAUAAUAUAUGCCAUUUAGCAGAGGUUUUUAUCCAAAGGGACUUAGAGUCACGCGUGCAUACAUUUAGUUCAGAGGGCUAAGCCACUCGGUUACUCGAGUUCAGUAGAAGAGCAAUACAUUCGGUAGAGGGAAAUGUGUUUGUACCCUUGUUUUGGUUGCUGAUGUCAUAGACAAAUAAGUCCUCAAUCACAGACCGAUUUCUACCAGUUCCACUUCUUUGUUUCUACUCUAUACUACAAAUGUCUAUAUUUCUACAGAACAAUGUUCUAGGCAAACUCACUUAUUUUGGUUACCCCCUCCCUGUGAAUUGUGUGGAAAAUGUCACAUUAAUGAUUGGUGGUUGAGGGGGAACGGGUUUUUCUAAAUGUAUCUAUGAACAGACCUACACUCUUAGAAUUAAGUGUUAUCUGGAACCUUCGGCUGUCCCCAUAGGAGAACCCUUUGAAAAACUAUUUUUUUGUUCGAGGAGGAACCCACAAGAGUUCUACCUGGAACCAAAACGGGUUCUCCUAUGGGAAAAUCUUGAAUAAACGUUUUGGAACAAUUUUUUCUAUGAGUGUACAGUGCCAAAAUGAAGGAAAAAAACAUAACUUUUCUACAUUCUUUAUAAUAUAAUACACUGUAGUACACAAUAUACACAGACAGUUGGCCCUGUAGCUUUCUGUGGCUGGGAGCAGUGUCUUUUUUUAAAUCACACAUACACAAAUCAUGAUGUGAGGUCUUCAGAUCCAGCUUCAGGUCCACCUUUACUUGUCGUUUGUCAUGCACCGAUGACAGAUACUUAUCUACCAUAUUCAGUGUUAAGGUUUAUUCAACACACUAAAACCACAUUUUGAUCAUUUUCCGUUUGUACAUGGAGUAAAAAGACAUCUACUCCUAUAAAGAGAUUUAUAGUAAGCCGUAUAAAGAUUUAUGGCUAUAUAUAACUGAGGUAUUUCUGAGAAAAAAAACGUGGUUCAACUUUCAUUAGUCAGUGCAAUGACGUCAACCACUUAUGUUUUGCAUAUUGUUUGACAUCACCUGCAAACUACCAGUUAAUGACAAUUUAUCCAGCCGAUUGGAAAGAGAUGUCUACGGACAUACAAAUAGCACUACAUAAACCUUUCUGAGAUACAUGAAAGCAAUAUCGGCAACUUGUCCUAUCACAGCGAAGUUAUCAGAUUUUCCUUUUUACAAUAUUGGGCAUAGAUCUGACCUUGUUAUCAGCUAUUCUCAACAGAAUCCCACAUGUAUGAUAAUUGUAUGUGUUCAAAGUAUUUUUGUAGUGCAGUAUGAGUAUGCUGGAUCCCUGCUUACAGUUUCAGGGGCUGAUUUCAGAAGGUCAGUAAGUUAAGGUUUUGUCGACUCAAGUGCUUAUAGACAAAGUUUUUGAGAUUGCAGCAUAUGCUUAGUGAUUUAAUAACACACGCAUACACCAGUGGUACUGUCCUAAUUCAAAACCACAUCCUUACCGGAACAAAGAAAUAUUUAUCAGAAACAUAUUAUGCCGAAUUUGUCUCUCCUUUUGGUUUUCUGAAGUAUUAUAAUAUAUGUCAUAUUAUGUUGUUAUAUGUUGUUUGUGUACAUGUGAAUAUUUCGUUGGCCUUUUUUGGCCCAAGCAUAUCAUCGGCAACUUGUUUGUUAUGAAGUAUCAUUUUAAAAUUAUUUCAUUAAUGAAGUCCAUUUAUACAUAGUCAUCAUUUUAAACAUUUUAUUAUUCAUAUGCUGUACUUUUCUGAAAUGAGGGGCACUUCAUCUUGCAUUUAACGAUUUUCUGUAAAAAUAUAUAUAUUUUGAAAUGUUUUAAUAUAUGUGAUAGUGGGAAUAAAAAUGAUAACUCUGUUCUACAGCCUGUAUAUACAUUUGAAAAUAGGGCUUUGAUUAUUAGAUACAAGGGAAUACAUUUAUAUAUGUAAAGUAUUUUUCAGAGAUGCUAAUUUAUCUGAUUUGAUAUACAGUAAGAUGGGGCUAUUGAUUCUAAACAGUUUUGUUAUCUAAAAUACUCAUAUAAAUGAUCAAAUCUGAUGUCAGAAAUGUGCAUUUUGGUUCGUGAUGUUCUUCUUUCUCAAAACAAGAGAAUGUUUUCAUAUAAAUAUAGUCAAUAUGAUAAUUGCUUUUAUAAAUUGAUCAAACUUUUCAUGUCUUUUAAUGUCCCAGCCAUGUUGAGUUGAAGAAUAUUACAAUUACAAGUACAGAUUCAUAUCAACGUUUAUCCAAAUUCGACAUAUAUUUUCUUUAAAUUGAACUUAACUUGAAAGUUAUAACUAAUAUUUAGCAUGUGUACACAGAGGCAUAUUGUAUACAUGCAUUACCACUCCCCUUUGGCAUAAUAAAACGUCUUUACGAACGUUUUUUAAUUAUUUAACGGUAAGCAGGGUCAAAGUUAUGCAAUAAUGAAUAGUGCCUCCUAUCACAGCGAAUCUCUGAAAAUCAUGCACAUAAACUGUUUCACAACUAACACGUAUCAUAUACAUUCAAAUAUAAACCCUUGAAUUGAUACUCAGACAGAGAUGUAUUUGUAAAACAUAAAACUCUGAGACCAUUUUGGAAAAACCCAGACUCCCAUUGUUCAGUUUCUUUUCAAUGCACUGAGCCUUACCCCAUCUUUUCAAUACAGUAUCCUCAAAUGUCAGCCUUUAACAUGCUGUAUCAAUACACUUGUUGACUUGUCCCAUGAAAGCUGCAUAUUAUUUGUAUGGAUGUAUUUACAAUAUAAACUUCACUUAGGGAAUGUCAUUAUUUUAUCAUUAUCGUAUCAUUUGGAUUUUGACCUCUCCGACACUGGUCAUUGGUGCAACUGCUUCAUUUUUUUUCAUAAUCAGCCACACUAUACUGCAGUGUGCGAAAUCACAGAAGAGAGUGAAAGACAUUUGAAUUACCUGAUUGAAUUUAUUGCGGUUCGCAGGGAAUGCUGUAUUGAAUAUGUAAAGGCCGGAAUACCAACCCUUGGGGAGCUCCCUUUGAAAGAAUUCUGAUUACACUUCUGUAUCCGUUCAAUAUUUCUUUAAUUUCUGUAUCAAUUCUGUGUUUGUUUUAUCUCUGUUUUUGAAGAAUUACGUAGUGAUGCCAAUGCCUUUGUUUCAAGUUUACUGCUAUUACGUACAGUAAUUGUUGUUCCUGUAUUCAUGUAAAGUGACUGUAUUGUAAAUGUAUUCAGAGCUUUUCAUUCUUACCGUAAAAUUGUGAUAUGCCCCACAAUGCUUCAAAGGGAGUCGUUAGCUCAAGGAAUUCUGGGAACUAAUUCGGAAUCCCAAUGUUUUUCAAAGGUUGAAAGAGGUUCAAAGGUUUUUCUUCUGUUCUUUCUUUCUGUUUUACAAAAGUUGUCUAAAUAUUCUGUCAAUGCUUUUUGCUUUUAUCUUUGUAUUUUUUCGUAUGGAUGGAGCUGUGAAAUUAAAUUAAACCGAGUUGAAACAUAUACAUGUAUAUGAAUUAGGCAUGAAGGUUAAUAAAGUUGCAUUUUGUAUGUAA